GAAUGGUCCAGAACCUUCUUUUCGGUAGUGGACUCCUUCUAAUGGGCGGACGCAUAGCUCCCUCGCUGACGCUGCCGUCUCGUGCCCUUUCACAAGCCCUUUUCGUUUCGCUGCCAUGGCUAAGAUCAAGAUCGGCAUCAACGGUUUCGGAAGAAUUGGGAGGUUGGUCGCUAGAGUCGCGCUUCAGAGCGAUGAUGUGGAGCUCGUCGCCGUCAAUGAUCCGUUCAUCACAACAGACUACAUGACAUACAUGUUUAAAUAUGAUACCGUGCAUGGACAAUGGAAGCAUCAUGAGAUAAAAGUGAAGGAUUCCAAGACCCUUCUUUUUGGAGAGGAAGAAGUUACUGUCUUUGGCAUCAGAAACCCUGAGGAGAUUCCUUGGGCCGAGACUGGAGCUGAGUUCGUUGUGGAGUCGACUGGUGUCUUCACGGACAAGGACAAGGCUGCUGCUCACUUAAAGGGUGGUGCCAAGAAAGUCAUCAUUUCUGCUCCAAGCAAGGAUGCACCUAUGUUUGUGGUGGGAGUGAAUGAGCAUACAUACACAUCUGACAUCAAUAUUGUCUCCAAUGCUAGCUGCACCACCAACUGCCUUGCCCCUCUUGCAAAGGUCAUUCAUGAUAGAUUUGGAAUUGUGGAAGGUUUGAUGACGACUGUGCAUUCCAUCACUGCCACUCAGAAAACUGUGGAUGGACCAUCUAGCAAGGACUGGAGAGGUGGACGAGCUGCAAGCUUUAACAUCAUUCCUAGUAGCACUGGUGCUGCAAAGGCUGUAGGUAAAGUGCUACCUGCUCUGAAUGGAAAGUUGACUGGUAUGGCCUUCCGUGUUCCUACUGUAAAUGUUUCUGUUGUCGAUCUCACUGUUAGGCUUGAGAAAAACGCUUCCUAUGACCAGAUAAAGACUGCUAUCAAGGAAGAAUCUGAGGGGAAACUCAAGGGCAUCUUGGGUUAUGUAGAAGAGGAUUUGGUCUCCACUGACUUCAUAGGCGAUAGCAGAUCAAGCAUUUUUGAUGCCAAGGCUGGGAUUGCUCUGAACGAAAAUUUUGUCAAAAUGAUUUCUUGGUAUGACAAUGAAUGGGGAUACAGCUCACGUGUCAUCGACCUGAUCCGUCAUAUGGCUAAAACUAAGUGAGAGAGAGUUCCUCCAUCUAGUAGUAGUAAUGGUAGUCGUGAAUAAUAAAUGUUCCAGAACAUGGCUGUUAACAUUUAGGUACUUUGGUGUGUAAACCAAAUACCCUCACUUAGAGGCAUGACUCGGUUGGAUAUGAAGCUGAAAGAGUUUAAGUUUUUGUGCAAA